AUGUUGGUUCUGAGCAAGUUCUCAGCCUGGACACGUCCCUUCAGAGCGGAUGAUCCCAACGUCUUUGGCUUCUUUGAUGUCUUUCCCAAAAUACUUUAUACAAUGCGCAUUGUCAUGGACCAUUGUUUCUCCUUGACCAGUGUCCAGAAUGCGGAAUCGCCAUCCUCCUCUUCCUGCGUUUUCCACAGACUUACAGGUCUCAGAAUCCACAUUCGCCGAUUAAUCAUGUUUCCAGAAGACGUCUCAUCCUAUACGACCCACACUUUGGACUCCAGCAUCCCAAUUCUCCCAAUAUUCAGCGAGUCAUGCUUCGACACCUCCAUCGACUACCCUUCCCUACUCCUCUCCCUCCGCCUCUGCAGUCUGGCCCUGCAAACCAAAGAAACCCUCCGAUUCCUCUACGUCCUCUUCCUGAGCAAGCGUAAGUCCACCACCACAACCACCGGUAACCUCCACCUCGAAACCUCAGAAUCCCCCUUCGACAACACCUCACUAACCCCCUUCCAGACCCAACUCCUCCUCCAGAAACUCUCCCAACUCUCCCACCUCACAAACUUCCACAUCGACUCCGACCCCACCACCUCCGGCUCCGCAGAAACCCACAUCAACACCUCCCUCACCCACCCCUCAUUCCCCAAUGGCUACGGUUCCGAAAUCUUCCUCCCUCCCCUCCCCCUCCAAACCCUGGCCGAUCCCACUCUCGACCCGCCAGCACACCUCGCACUUUCGUACCAAAUCUCACAUAUCCUCCUUCACGAACUCGCACACGUGAUUUCCAAUGCCGUGGAUGGAAACAUUGAUCCGGAAGUUUUUUUCCCGGGAAUGGAGAAUUUCGCGAGUGAGUGGGGGUUCGCGAUGGAGGGGGUUGCGUUGGGAGGGGUUUUGGAACGGGUGAAGUUUGGGGAAGGAGGAGGCGCACCGUAUCGAUGGAGGGAUGGAGAGCGGGGUGGUUGUUGGAAGGAAUGUCGAAUUGAGAAGGCUUUGGGCUGGACGUUAUGGCCUUGUAAGCGUUUGGUGGCGCGGUAUUUGAGGCAUGGGGAUAAGAUUGGGGUGAGGGAGAAUUGGGAAAACUUUUGUAAGAGUUCUGAGGAGGAGGGGGUUGGGGAGGGGGAGAUUGAGGAGAUGGUUGUUUUGCCUUUUGAGUGUGUUUGGAAGGUUUUUCAGAGGCCGUUUUGGGAGGAGACUGUGGUUGAGGAGGGGAAGGAGGCGUUUCGGGUUGAGGGACGAGAGAGGUUUAAGAAGGUGGAGACCAAGAGGAAACGGGAGGUUGUGCUGGAGUAUGGGGAUGAGGAUGCGCCGGGGGAGACGGAUGAUGAGUAUGUGGAUGAGCAGAGAAGGAGGGCGAAGCGGAGGAUGUUCCAGAAAAUUUUCGGAAUGAUUUCAUACAUCGAUGCAGCGAAUUCAAAGUUUCUUAAGAUCUUUUGGUACUACGAGAAUGGAAAGCUGCAAGUCUUGACAACCAUCACGACACGCGAGGAAUCGAAUAUGGCGAGAGAAAUUGAGAAUGGUGAGUCAGUAAGUCCUAAACGAGAAGAAACUUUGAUAAUGGAGUGUGUGCGUGAAACUUUUCAUUUGAGGAGAUACUUCAUGAGUUUGCAAUGGGUAAUCCCCAGUUGA